GGCAGUGCAGAACGGAAGUAGGUACGUGGCUGCUUCAGCUGACAUUCUGCAUGAUGGCGACAGAGGUUCAGAGCGGCGACCUCAACAGUGCAAAUUCAAGCCGGCUCGAAGUUUCUAUCGACGGAUUGACUUUGAGUCCCGACUCCGAGGGCGAGCAGGAGCAGGCCGAGACGUCUGCUACUCGGUCGGCGGAGCAGAGCUCUGUAAACCUGGAUGUCGAUGAAGUGGAGGGCGAACAUCCCAACAGCAGCACGAUCGAGAGGAAAUGGGGCUUUCCUUUAGCAGAGCUCUACGGGCUAGCGCUAAAAUUCUUUAAAGAGAAAGAUGGGAAAGCCUUUCAUCCAACCUAUGAGGAGAAACUUCGACUGGUGGCCCUCCACAAACAGGUGUUGCAAGGACCUUAUAACCCAGAUGCUUCCCCUGAGGUGGGCUUCUUUGAUGUGCUGGGAAAUGAUCGCAGGAAAGAAUGGGCUUCUUUGGGCAACAUGGAGAAGGACGAGGCCAUGUUGGAGUUUGUGAAGCUGUUGAACAAGUGUUGCAAUUUAUUUGCACCUUUCAUUGCAUCACAUAAGAUCGAAAAGGAAGAACAGGAGAGAAAGAGGCAAGAGGAGGAGGAGCAGAGACGGAGAGAGGAAGAAGAGCGUGAGCGACAGCGUCAGGAGGAGGAGAGGCGCAGACGGGAUGAGGAAGAGAGGCUGAGGAGGGAGGAGGAGGAGAGGAGGCAGGUUGAAGAAGAAAGGCUCCGAGUUGAACAGCAGAAGCAGCAGAUCAUGGCUGCGCUGAAUGCGCAGACAGCUGUGCAGUUUCAGCAGUAUGCUGCGCAGCAGUACCCCGACAGUCUGGAGCAGCAGCUCAUCCUCAUCCGGCAGCUGCAGGAGCAGCACUAUCAGCAGUACAUGCAGCAGCUCUAUCAAGUGCAGCUUGCGCAGCAGCAGGCUGCCUUGCAGAAACAGCAGGAGGAUGCUAUAGUGCUGUCUACCUUAGAGGCCAGUGAUAUGUCAGCGCCCCCUGUUGGAGAGGAGGCUCCCUUGUUAAACGGCCGGGCAGAGUCCACUACUGACAGUUUAGAACGAGAGCCAGAUGUGGAGCCUGCAGAUGAGGUUACUGAAAAUGGACCUGAUUCUCCCCCUGUAAUAGCAGCCCCUUCUAUGUGGACUCGACCGCAAAUAAAAGACUUUAAAGAGAAGAUCCGUCAGGACGUAGACUCUGUGAUCACAGUGGGUCGAGGGGAAGUGGUAACUGUCCGGGUCCCCACGCACGAGGAGGGCUCCUAUCUCUUCUGGGAGUUUGCCACUGACUAUUACGACGUUGGAUUUGGAGUCUUCUUUGAAUGGACUGAUUCAACUAACGCAUCGGUCAGCGUGCAUGUCAGCGAGUCUAGUGACGAAGACGAGGAUGAGGAAGGUGAGGCCCAGUCAGAAGAGGGGAAGGCUAAGAAAGAUGUUGGGAAGCCACAGGUGGAUGAGAUAGUGCCGGUGUACCGGCGGGACUGUCAUGAAGAGGUGUACGCUGGGAGUCACCAGUAUCCCGGCCGUGGCAUAUACUUGCUCAAGUUCGACAACUCCUACUCCCUCUGGAGGUCUAAAACCGUCUACUACAGAGUAUACUAUACCAGAUAAGCCUGAAGUCAAGACUGUGGGACAGGACUGUGUGUAUGUAAAGUUUAAUAGAAAGGAAAGAAAGAUAAAAAUGAGGAAAUGUACGGAAUGUGCACUACUGGGGGAUGUAGGGAUUUGGCAUGAGUGUGUGCGUGUUUCGAUGUGUAUGCAAACCUUAUGGGUGUGUCCAUCAUGCUGUAUGAAUUCAGCAGGAAUUGGGUCACCCCUGUUUUGCACUCAAAAAGAUGUAGUGCUUGUUGAUAUCACUGUCUUAUAUACCUAGUGUGACUUAAAUCAGUCUCCAUCUUCUAAUUUCAUCCAAAGAGGUGCUUCAGUACAAUAAUAGGAUAAGUAAGUAUGUAUCCUAAGUAGAAAUGGGCAACAAAAGUUUAGAUAAUGAACAAAGGAGGUAAAACGCUAACUUGGCUUUAUCCUGGAGUUCUUCCUCGUUUAAUUCGCCACUAAAUAAAUCAGCGCAUCUAUACUCAAGUUUCUCACCCUAUGAGCACAGAGGUGCAUCCGUGUGUAUCCGCCCAAGGGCUGCCUCUGUAUGAACGUAUGGACUUUUCUCAGUGGACGAGAUUUCUCUGGACUACAUGAUGGAGGCCUUUACGAAAGGAGAUUUUGCAGCAUUUUCUAAAAUGGAUGGAUUGCGUCUAAAACAUUUAAUAAAUAUUUAUUAAUCUCUGUGGUAGGGUAGGGUCAUUUAUGUGUCUAUGUCCUAUAACAUUAAUCUCAUCUCCCAUACUUUUCCGCUUCCACAGAGACCCAAAAUCUAUUGUCGGACAUUGUUGUUUCUGUUUAUGUGCUUUGUUUGUUUUUCAGUGAAAUAUAGCAGUAUUUUAAUGUUGUGGCACUGCUAGAAACAAAACAUUCUUGCCUUUUAAUUUGAUUGUUUUUUGUUGCAUCUCAUGUAGUUACAGACAACCAUGUCAGAAUUUAAAGUGUCAAAUGGUUUCAAUUUACAUACACUUGGUUCUCUAUUAGAAAAAGUAACAAGCAUCUUUUAUUCUCAUUUAUUAAUGAUGAAGUGUUUCUAAAUCGACCAAGACUAACUAUCAAAAGCAGCAUUUGACUCUCUUGAUUCCUCUGCUUAUUUCUGUUAUUUAUUUGACAGUACAUUGCUUAAAGACUAUUUCCGUAAAGUUACUGACAAUAUACAGAAUGUGUUAUUUUUCCCAAUCUUGUUUCAACAUGGUAUCACGUCAUCCUCAAAACAAUAAUAGGUUUGAUUCUGGAUUCAUCACUAAGUGAAAUGUGUCUUGUUGGUGAUUUGAAUGUCAAAGACACCUGUGUAAUGCAGGUCACUGCUGUUUAACUGUGAUCAAACGUUGUCCAUAUAAACAAAUACAGAUGCUGUUACACUGUGCUUACACGAUAAAUAAAGCAGGUGUCCAUUGAUUCAAGUUGUAAGUCGAAGAGCUCUGAUGAUUCAGUAUUCAUUGAGACUGACAUGCUUAUGCUGUCCAAAGACUACAUUAAUAUACCAUGUACAGUUCAUUGGUUAUAGUUACUGGCUAUUCUUUCUGUGUAUUUUCUUUUUCAUUUUUGUUUUGUAAUGCUGGUUUCUGGUCUUCUUAAAGUAACAUGUAAAGCGCAAAGUAUUUGGAUGAUAAGACAGCGAAAUUGCUAUGAGAAAUAUUGCUGGCAGAAACGCCAGUAAUGUUCUGACCAUAAAGGUAUGAACAAGUAUUUUUGUGUUGGUUUUGCUUGUGUGAUCUGAUCUGUAUGCAUACAAGGAUGAGUGUCCUGUAUAUAUAUGAUUAAACUUGCGUUCCUCUGUA